UGUAGUCAGAGAGGCAGCUCGGGAGGCGGAAGUGAGGUUAGAGCAGCAGUCUGCUCCGUCCAUAUUAUUAUUGUUAUUUUGGCUGUGUGAUGGUUCACGGACGGCGGCCAGCCCGGGAUUUCUCCGGUUACCAGCGCAGACACGAACGGCUCGCAGGCCACACGUUACAGCUGCGCGUCUGUCUCACAAUAGUUUGAUCGCCAGCGUUGACAAAACGCGCAAACGUCGCUGUGCGCAGCGCUUGCCGAGGACUGUCUUUAUUAUUGACACUGCAACAGACAUGAACGGCAUCACCAAGGGCAGAUUUGAGGUGUUCUCAAACAGUGAUGAGGCCCUAAUCAACAAAAAACUUCCCAAAGAGCUUCUGCUCCGGAUUUUCUCCUUCCUGGAUGUAGUUACAUUGUGUAGGUGUGCCCAAGUAUCCAAGGCAUGGAAUGUUCUUGCAUUAGAUGGAAGCAACUGGCAGAAGAUUGAUCUCUUUAACUUUCAGACAGAUAUUGAGGGACGUGUCGUGGAGAACAUCUCGAAGCGAUGUGGGGGGUUUUUGAGGCAGCUCAGUCUUCGGGGCUGCCUCAGUGUGGGAGAUGCCUCCAUGAAGACCUUUGCUCAGAACUGUCGCAACAUUGAACAUCUAAACCUCAACGGCUGCACCAAGAUCACAGACUCCACCUGCGUCAGCCUUAGCAAGUUUUGCUCCAAACUUCGCCACCUUGACCUGACCUCCUGCGUGUCCAUCACCAAUCAUGCACUUAAGGCCUUAAGUGAGGGCUGUCGGAUGUUGGAGAAUCUGAACCUGUCCUGGUGUGAUCAGAUCAUGAGUGAUGGCAUCGAGGCUCUCAGCCAUGGCUGCACAAGUGUCAGAGCUCUGUUUCUGAGAGGCUGCACACAGCUUGAUGAUACUGCACUGAAGCACCUUCAAAAGCACUGUCCAGAGCUCAUGACAAUCAACAUGCAAUCAUGCACACAAAUCACAGAUGACGGCUUUGUGAGUUUGUGCCGUGGUUGUCACAAACUGCAGAUGGUUUGUGUGUCUGGCUGCAGCAACAUCACAGACGCUUCUCUGACUGCCCUCGGCCUCAACUGCCAACGGCUCAAGAUCCUGGAGGCUGCUCGCUGCUCACAUGUGACUGAUGCUGGUUUUACUGUUCUUGCCAGAAAUUGUCAUGAUUUGGAGAAGAUGGAUUUAGAGGAAUGUAUUUUGGUGACUGAUAACACUCUGGUUCAGCUCUCAAUCCACUGCCCUCGGCUGCAGGCGCUGAGCCUGUCUCACUGCGAGUUGGUAACAGACGAUGGAAUCAGACACCUGAGCAGCAGUGUGUGUGGUCAGGAGCGUCUGCAGGUCGUGGAGCUGGACAACUGCCCCUUGAUCACAGACAUCACACUGGAGCACCUCAAAAGUUGCCAGCAUCUGGAACGCAUUGAGCUCUAUGACUGCCAGCAGGUCACCCGCGCGGGCAUCAAACGAAUCCGGGCUCACCUUCCUGAGAUCAAAGUCCACGCUUACUUUGCCCCAGUGACACCCCCUCCCUCAGUGCACGGAGGUGGUCAGCGUCUCUGCCGAUGCUGCGUCAUACUCUGACAGAAGGAGGGGCUUCUGGAAGAUCCCAUAGAAAGUCAAGCUGUCAGACAACUUCUAAACUCCGCCCUGCCUCCGCUCCGCACCACUACGAGACGCUGUGUGGGGUUGUGGCUAAAGGAAGCAUGGCUUGUUCACUGAGCGGUUGCCUGGCAGCAGGAUGGACCUGAACAAGUUACGCAAAAUAAAUACAAUGCAACCUGACAAAUACUACGCACAUACAAUACCACCUACUUGGAUAUAAAAGAAGAAAAAUCAAGGAGCUACCAUGUAAAAUAUUUCAUAUUUGGAUAUAUAGAAAACAAAUUGGAGGAAGUACUUAAAGCAUUAUGGAACUAAUGAAUAUAGAACGAAUCCGCAAAGAACUUUGAGGUAUUUUGAUGCCGUUAUGACGACUACACGGUGUUUACGUCCUGCUCCUCUUCCUCAACCAAUAGGAAUGCAUUCUCUUACGACGAGAACAAAUUGAAACAACAGGAAAUGAGCAGCAGGAUGCAAGUCUCUGGAGUGUUGUAGGAUACGCCUCCCACCGAUUGAUCAUGUGACUUUCUCGAACCUGAGAGCAGGAAGCUUUGAGCGUUUCUGUCUGGUUUUGCGUGUGUGUGUGAGGAUGUUUAAAUAUAGAAAACAAAAUAAAACACUACAAUGAAUCAGCCCGUAUUAAAACUGGAGUAAAAUGUUUUUUUUAUUUUCUGUUAGUGCUCACCCUAAUUUUGAGCGGACGAAAAAAUCGCAUUUGAAAUCACCUGAGCGAGCGAGGGGAAGAAAAGGACAGAUUGUGCAUGCAAGAUAAAGUGGAUUUUGCUUCAGUGUGGAGUUACAGUAUGUCAUGAUUGAUGUGAAUGUUCAAAUUUAGAUAAUAUACAUGUGCUUAGGGUUCGGGGGGAUACAUCAGGAAUAAAUUAUCAUAAGUUUCACAAUGUUUCAGUGCAAUAUUGAAAGCCCAGGCAUAUGUAACUGUGGUAUGUGACAGGAUUUAGAACACUCCUUAUUCAGGCAUUUCCUCAAUAUUUCAAAGUAUUCUCAUCGCAAUGUCCCAUUCCUGUAUAUUUACUGCCAAUUACACAUCAUUAAAGGCGUAGUUCACCCAAAAAUGAAAAUUCUGUUAUCGUUUUCUCAUCCUCAUGUCAUUCCAAACCUGGAACACAGAAGAACAUAUUUUGAAAAAUAUGUUUUUGUGUCCAUUCGAUGUUCAUUCUACACAAUGUCAUCUUUUGAGUUUCACAAAAGAAACUCAUACUGGUUUGAAACAACACAAGGAUGAGUAAAUAAUGACACAGUGUUCAUUUUUUGAGUGAACUAGAUCAGAUCUGAGUGUAAUAUGUAAAUUAUACAAAAAUCAACAGUACAAAUACGCCAAGGGAAAAAUAUCAAACCUUAACCAAGCGAUCAUUAUUUAAAGUGAUGGUUCCACAAAAAAUUUUACUUCUGUUAUCGUCUCACCCAUCUUCAAACCUGUCUUUAUGUGUGGAACAAAAAUUUUUAGUUUCAGUCUAUAUUCACAUUCAUUGUAUAGACCAAGAUGCAAUGAAAAUGAAUGGUGACCAAGAGUUUUGGUACAAAGUGAAUGAUGACAAAAAUUUCAUAUUUGGGUGAAGAGUCCCUGUAAGUUCAUCCCUUAAGUCUUGUGCAUAAAACUGAUGUGCAACAUUGGUUUGAUGCGUAACAUUGCAUAUUUAAAAUCAUGUCGAGUCUUGCUGAUGAAAACAGCUGCUGAGUUGAUCAUCUACUCAAUGGAAAUGUUUUUUGUCAGUGUGAGUGCCUUUGAUUUUGCAAAUGGAGGGAGGGGUGGGUUACAGCCACAGAAAUGCUCAGGGCUGCGAUGUAGUUUAUCAUAUUUUUUUCUCUUGUAUUCUUCUCUAUUUAAGUUGGUUUUUGCCAUUAGCUGUGAUGCUGAUGCUGAUGAGGAUGUCAUCAUUUCCUGUCAAUGCAUACACCAGUGAUUCCAGUAUUCUUUAUCUCGACCACUUUAGAAGGCAAUGCUAAACCUGUCUGCGAAAUGAAGUUUAUUUAGUAUUGUUCUGUAACAGUUAAUCUGUUCCCCUCUUUCUCUCCCAUAUUUUUUUGACAAAGAUGAAAAGUUACCUGAAUGUCCUUGUGUUCUGGUUGUUAAUGUGACAUUUCUUUAAAUAAAAGAUCUGAGCUGUG